AUGUCAGCCGAGGAAGCUAAGCCGCCCUGGAACCACUCCUAUUAUAUGUGGCCUGGGUAUCUAAUGCCGACUUCAUCUAACACCGUUAAGAAUAUAACACACUUUGAAGUACGCGACGACGAUGUAUUCAUCGUCACAUAUCCAAGAUCUGGUACCUACUGGACUACAAGAGUUGUAAGAGCAAUUAUGACAUUGAAUAAAUCAACCAUGGAUGUGAAUCACGAAAUUAUGAAUAACCUCUUUUUUACUCUACAUUGGGGACCAUUUCAUAACUUCCCUGAUUUAAUCAAACUUGGUUCAGCUAUUGAUAGAUAUAAUGAACGAUCGUCACCAAGGGAGAUUGGCUUGCAUCUGUUACCAAAGCUUCUACCCACUCAGUAUCACGAGAAGAAACCACAGACAGUAUACAUCCAGCGUAACCCGAAGGACGUGGCUGUGUCAUGUUACUUCAUGCAUUUCGCUUGUGCAAUUCUUGGUAAACCAAACAGUUGGGAUCAUUAUUUCACCGAAUUCUUAAACGGAAAUGGUAAUGGUAAAGAUCCACGAAAGAUAUACCACAGGAUCGCGCAUUUCUUGGAGAGACCCAUGACUGAUGAAGAGAUGGAUGUUGUUAUACGUGUUUGUGAUUUCAAAUAUAUGCAAGAUUUCUUUCUUAGUGACCCAGUUGCACAAUAUUUCAUUGAAAAAGAUGAAAAAUAUAUGAGACGAGGUAAAGUUGGUGACUGGAAAAAAUAUUUUACUGUAGCUCAGAACGAAGCCUUUGAUAAGGUUUAUUGUGAAGAAAUGAAAGGUUACGAAGAGUUAAAAUACGACUUUUGA